UAUCUAUAUAAACAAAGAUGAAACACUCAACCACAAAACUGUUAUCCAAUGCUAAAAUGGUUCUCUUUUAUGUCAUUUUAAUGCUAUUGUUUCAAAUUGAGGAAACUAUAAGUUGUCAACCAAGAGUGUUUCACAGACAGCAAUUAUUUUGCCAUUCUGAUUACAUUUUUCAGGUCCAAGCUGAAGGAGUGACAAAUAAAGGAGAUGAUUUGUUUGAACGUCUCUACCGCGUGUCCGUCAUAGAUUCUUACAAGGGCAGCAUAGGUACGGAGUUCGACGGGGCGAUAGUAGGAAAUGGAUACUUUAUGUCCUGUGGUCCGCAGAUACUGGAGAAGGGCUCUAAAUAUUUAAUAUAUGCAUACAAAUUCCAUGGAGAUGUACGAAUUCGAGAAUAUUACAACAUGAUGAACGUCACUAAAACAGACAUAGAGUUAUUCCGAAAAUAUGACUGUUUUUGUAAGAUUAUCACUGAUAAAGACGGUGUGAUAUUACGGAAGCUUGGUCAGACUAAUUCAUGUUCGUCACCUAUUCCCAGUACCAGUGGUUGUUCUUACAGACGAGGAUAUUGUCAAAGGGACCCACAAGGGGCGUGUCAGUGGGCAGUACUCAAUCCCUGUGGACUAGGAAAACCCACGAACUAACCAAUUGAAGCAACUACAUAAGUGUGUUUUUUUUUCUGUUGAUCACGUCAAAGAUAAACAAUCAGUGGACGCAAGUGCCGACUGUCUGCAUUUUUCAUCACAAGUUGCAUUCAAUGGUGUAAGCUGAUGUUUUUGUACAGGAGAGAUAUAUAAUACUUCAGAAAUGACCUGUG